AUGUCACAAGAAAUCCCUAGCAUCGGCUCAUUCGCCUUCAUCCAAAUCCAUUGUGGAAUCUGGAAGCCAAAAAUUCUUACACAAUUGGAAUUCUGUGUGCCCCUGAAAUUUCAAUCCUUUUUCCGCUCUCCAUUGAAUCAAAAUAAGAAUCAUCGAGAAUUGGAGUAACUAGAAAUUUCUUCAUCAAUGACAGAGGAUAAUUGCCCUAGAGUUUCAUCUUCUCAACACAUAGACUCCAAUUCUUCAUCAACCAAGCAAAGGAAAAGGAGAAAGUGGGAUCAGCCUGCGGAGACCUUUGUUCCCGAAGGGGCAGUGGUACCUGGGAUUUUUCCAUUGGCAAAUGUGGGUUCUCUUGCUGGUAUCACACUACCUAGCAUAGUUCCAGUUUUGGGUGCAGCUUUUACGAAUCCUCUUACCGCUAUUGGUGCUACUACAGUGCAGCAGCUUCCCGUCAUUAUUGCCCAAAAAUCAGUUCAACCGAAAAUUCAGGAUGAGUUGAUAGCAAGAGAAAUUGUCAUUAAUGAUGCUGAUCCGUCUAUUCGCUACAGGCUCACAAAGCGCCAAACACAGGAAGAGAUUCAGAAGAGCACGGGUGCUGUGGUUAUAACUAGGGGUAAAUACAGGCCUCCGAACGCACCAUCUGAUGGUGAAAAGCCCCUAUACCUUCAUAUUUCUGCUGGGGCACAUCUAGAAACAACAGUUGAGAGGAUCAAAGCAGUUGAUCGUGCUGCUGCUGUAGUGGAGGAAAUGCUGAAGCAAGGAACUGUUAACAAUGGAUUAAAGGUCAAUCAUCUGCUGAGUACCUGUGUAUACCUGGGCUUUGAGGCUGAUCCAUCAGCAAAUAUUACUGUGCGCAUUCGUGGACCAAAUGAUCAGUAUAUAAAUCACAUUAUGAAUGAAACUGGAGCAACUGUCUUGCUUAGAGGACGUGGUUCAGGAUAUUCAGAUGGAGGGCCGGGUGAAGGUGCCUAUUUGUUGAUUAAGAGAGAUGUGCACCAACCUCUGCAUUUACUCAUAUCAAGCAAUAACACUGCAAGUCUUGAGCGUGCGAAGCUUUUGGCAGAAAAUCUUUUGGAUACUAUUUGUGCUGAGUGUGGUGCUUCUAGAGUCUCUUCUUGUAAGGUUUAUGGAGCUGUUCCGCCUCCACCACAACCGCUAGCCAGUGGUCAGGGUUCUGGAAGUGAAUCAGAAGUCAAUAACAUACCUGCAGCCAGUGUAGCUGCACAGAUUUUGAGCUCCACAACAGCAGCUGCAGGUGUGACUAGCGUUUUUUCUCAGGGUACAGAGCAGCAAUCUCUUGGCUCACUGAAUCCUGUGCCAUCUCAACCUCCUACCAGUCGCUAUCCUCAUCAAUUAGUUACUAGUAGAACAAGCUAUCUUGGUUAUGAUGGUAUAUACCCCCAAGCCACUGCUCUGCAGCAAGUUGCUUUGGCUCUUAGGCAGUCUACUUCUCCAGCCACUGCCACAGUUGCUCCGGUAAUAACGGGAGCAAGCAUCACCUCACAGACAAGUAUAGGUACCAAGAAGGACAAGCGCCCUGCACAGAAGCGUAAAUUUCAGGAAUUGCCGGCAGCUGGAAAAGGCCAAGCAACUGUAAACCAGGAUUCUGGGAUAUGUAGGAGGCAUGGGGUUGCUGCAUGCUAUUUCAGUUUUAUGGUGCCGAUGCAAAGAUACCAUGCCCCUUCUGGUUUUGGCAUUCUGUCAAAUAAUCCGCUGCAGAGUCCAGAGCUUCCAAUGCUUCAGGAACGAAUGUCAGAUGCAGGCGAUAGAGGCAAAAUUGGUACUACGACUCCGAAAAAGUUGGUUCAGCCAUUGUACAGUUCAAUGCCGCCUCCGCCACCUCCUAGAAUGAUGUCUCCACCACCACCACCACCACCAAAGUUCCAAUCAUCCUCACAGAAAGUGCAUGACAACAAUGUGGUUAAUAAAGCUCCAUGUGAAACUGUUCCGGAUACUUUAGUCCAGCUAAUGGAAUAUGGGGAUGACGACGAUGAUGAUGAAGCAAUUGGCAGACCUUUGAGAAGUAGCUCAAGUGUGCUAGCAACUCCAAAGCCAUUCUGGGCUGUUUAAUAAUGACCACUGCACAUUUCUGAUUUGGCAUUCUCAGUUGACCUGGAAUUGGCUGGUAGAUUUUUGUUGGCUGUGGAUCAGGUUGUGAAAUAUUUAUGUACCCCCCACACCACCACAAAAAAAAAAAAAACGAGGCCAGGGAUCCAAACAGAGGAAAAGAGGAAAAAUAGUGUUCUAUAGUAUUGCGUCAAGUUGGUAAAUACCUGACUGCAAUUAGUGCCCUAUAUAAGAUGACUCGUAGAGACUCUACAACAUUGUAUCUCGAUUAUCCUUCCCUCCAGGAAAUUGAAACCAGAAAUUGUUUGCUGAUGGUCCUGAUAGAGUUUAACUAUUGAGUUUUUGAGGAAUUUUGUUUACUAAAAACAAAGAUAUGGCAGCAGAUUCGUCUUUUUUUUUUUUUUGAAGCA